CAACACUUCACAUGAAUUGUCAAAUCAAAAGCCGUCAAAUCAUCGUCCCAUAAGUAAGCAAUUUUGCUUGAUAUAGUUUAUUCGGAUCGUUUGUUACAAACAAGGUUAAUUCAAAUACAAAAUGAGCACAAUUGGCACCGGUUACGAUUUGUCUGCUUCGCAAUUUUCGCCGGACGGUCGCGUCUUUCAGAUCGACUAUGCUUCCAAAGCAGUGGAAAAGAGCGGUACGGUAAUUGGCAUUAGAGGCAUGAAUUGUGUUGUGCUGGCAGUGGAGAAAAUCAUUACAGAUCAACUCUAUGAGCCGGAUGCAGCCAGCCGCAUUUUUACAAUUGAGCAAAAUAUUGGCAUGGCCAUAGCUGGACUUAUGGCCGAUGGCAAUUACAUUGCUGAUAUUGCUCGCCAGGAAGCUGCCAAUUUUCGAGGCCAGUUCCAACGCACAAUACCGCUAAAGAAUUUGUGCGAUCGCGUCUCGGCCUACAUUCAUGCCUACACAUUGUACAGUGCAGUGCGUCCAUUUGGCUUGUCGGUCAUAUUCGCUUCGUGGAGUGAGACAGAAGGUCCUCAACUGUAUAAGAUAGAGCCAUCAGGCACGUCGUUUGGCUACUAUGCAUGCGCCAGUGGCAAAGCCAAGCAACAGGCCAAGACAGAGAUGGAGAAGUUCAAGUUUGCCGACAUGACCACUGAUGAGUUGGUCCGCAGUGGAGGAAAAAUCAUUUACCAAGUCCAUGAUGAGCUGAAGGAUAAAGAUUUCCGCUACGAAAUGGGCAUUGUUGGCAAGGAAACAAACGGUAUUCAUCUCAUUAACCCCGAGUCCUGGACCCAAUUGGCUGUUGAAGCUGGCGAAGCUGCCAAAAACGCAGAUGACAGCGAGAACGAAAUAUAAUCUUGAAAUUUACAAUAUGUACAUUUGAUUCUAAAUCGGUUAAUCAUAAGAUUUUCACAAAAAAUACAUAUAAUUCAGAUAAAAACGGUCAGGGCGAAUACUUUUUGUAUUUCUCAAGUUAAAAUUGAAUACAA